AUGGGAAAGAUUUCAGCUGUCUCGAAGAAAAUUCUCCCCAAUCCCUCUCCUACAAUCUACAGUAUUCAAAGAAGUUUCCAUGAAUGGUCUGAGGCUAAAGAGAACAUUAAAAAAGCCUUGGAUCUGGAUGAUGACUCGGGUUCGAUUGAGGCCACUAGAAGAUCUGAAGAGUCUCAUGUGAGAGGGAGAGCUGGUCUAAGAAACGAAGAAAGGAAAAAUUGGAGUCCUCCCCCACCGGGGUUUGUUAAAGUCAAUGUGGAUGCAGCUUGGAAAAAGGGAAGGGUGCAUAGUGGGGUUGGUGCUAUUGCUCGUAAUUUCAAAGGGUUAUCUAUGGCUGGAGCUAGCAUUCUUGGCAGGCACAACUCGGCUCUAGAGGCUGAAGCUGAAGCGGCUCUUAAAGAACUGCUAUUUGCUAAUCACCUAAACCUCUCAAAGGUGAUCAUUGAAGGGGACUGUGCAGAGGUGUUCAGACCAAUUCUCUCCUCUUCUUUUACUGCCAAUUGGGAAAUUGCUCCCACUUUGAAGAGAAUUGGCUCUCUCUUAUCAAAGUUUGAUGUGGUUUUGUGGAAUUGGAUCCCAAGAGAAGCUAACCGGGUUGCGGAUGCCACGGCAAAGCUUGCAAUUCUGAAGGCGUGUUCUUCGGAGUGGACCAAUCGUCCCCCGAACUCUCUUCGCGAUAUUCUAGAAACGGACGGCCAUAGACCUCCAUGA